UGCACAAAAUCUCCAGCUCCAACCCUCAUCGUCCUCUUUCUCUCUGUCUGGCUGUUUCUGUCGCUGUAUCUGUGUCUCUGGUUGCACGAUGAAUUAUGGAGUCAAAGUACUAGCGUUGGUUUUAUUGAUCGUCCAUUUCAGGGCAAGGGUGGCUCAAGGACUAGAUGGAGAACUACUACAGCCAAUUGGAGGAACUGAGUACAGAGUUAUGGAGGUGGUGGUGGACAAUAGACGAAGGCUUGCACCAUUUCAGCUCUGCUUGCUCUGCAAAUGCUGCGGCGGUUCAAGUUCCAGCACCACCACCUGUGUAACCAUUCCCUGUUGCUUUGGGAUCAACUGCCGGCUUCCCAACAAGCCUUUUGGGGUUUGCGCAUUCGUUCCCAAAACCUGCAACUGUACUUCCUGUGCCCAUCAAAUUUAACAUCAAAUCUACUGUUAUAUAUAUCU